AUGGCGGAUGAAACUGCAUCACUGGAUAUGAUAUAUCCGAAAGGAUCCUCAACCAGAGGUGUUCAAGGUAGAUCUGAUAGCUUAUCCGGAGUAGAGGGUAGUUUUACAUUCGACGUUAUACAUCGACGUGAAAAUGUUAGGAUCGGUCAAAUAAAAUUGAAGUUCAACUGUUCGUAUGAUUCAAACAGAUAUCCCAGGUCCACAUCCUAUGAUAUAAUUCAUGAUUAUGUUGACUACAUCCAGAUCCGGACAGAGAAUCAUUGGGGAGGCUACGGACAUGGAACUAAUACGUGUAAAUUUUUCGUAUCCACCAGCAAAAAUGAGAGAGCAAAGGAAGAGAUUAAAAAUUAUGUUAAAUCUCAGGGAAGGGAUGAGUAUUAA